AGGGGGGGCCGGGGGCCCCGCGCCGCCGCCAUGUCGGGGGCCAAGGACGGGGCCGGGGGCGCCCCGGCCUACCACCUGCCGCACCCGCACCCGCCGCCGCCGCAGCACGCCCAGUACGUGGGCCCCUACCGCCUGGAGAAGACGCUGGGCAAGGGCCAGACGGGUCUAGUGAAACUCGGGGUCCACUGUAUCACCGGCCAGAAGGUCGCCAUCAAGAUCGUGAACCGGGAGAAGCUAUCGGAGUCGGUGCUGAUGAAGGUGGAGCGGGAGAUCGCCAUCCUGAAGCUCAUCGAACAUCCGCACGUCCUCAAGCUGCAUGACGUCUACGAGAACAAGAAAUAUUUGUACCUGGUUCUGGAGCAUGUUUCCGGAGGUGAGUUGUUCGACUACCUAGUGAAGAAGGGGAGACUCACCCCCAAGGAGGCCCGAAAGUUCUUCCGCCAGAUCGUGUCGGCGUUGGACUUUUGCCACAGCUACUCCAUCUGCCACAGGGACCUGAAGCCCGAGAACCUUCUGCUGGACGAGAAGAACAACAUCCGCAUUGCGGACUUCGGCAUGGCAUCGCUGCAGGUGGGGGACAGCCUGCUGGAAACCAGCUGCGGGUCCCCCCAUUAUGCGUGCCCGGAGGUUAUCAAGGGAGAGAAGUACGAUGGGCGUCGUGCUGAUAUGUGGAGCUGUGGAGUCAUCCUGUUCGCGCUGCUCGUGGGGGCUCUGCCCUUCGACGACGACAACCUCCGCCAGCUGCUGGAGAAGGUGAAACGGGGCGUCUUCCACAUGCCCCACUUCAUCCCUCCGGACUGCCAGAGCCUCCUGCGGGGCAUGAUCGAAGUGGAGCCCGAGAAAAGGCUCAGCCUGGAGCAAAUUCAGAAACAUCCCUGGUACCUGGGCGGGAAACACGAGCCGGACCCCUGCCUGGAGCCAGCCCCUGGUCGCCGGGUGGCCAUGAGGAGCCUGCCGUCCAACGGGGAGCUGGACCCUGAUGUCCUGGAAAGCAUGGCCUCGCUCGGCUGCUUCAGGGACCGGGAACGGCUACACCGAGAGCUGCGCAGUGAUGAGGAAAACCAAGAAAAGAUGAUCUACUACCUGCUUUUGGAUCGGAAGGAGCGGUACCCGAGCUGUGAGGACCAGGACCUGCCUCCCCGGAAUGAUGUUGACCCUCCACGGAAGCGGGUGGACUCCCCCAUGCUGAGCCGACAUGGGAAGCGGAGGCCGGAGCGGAAGUCCAUGGAGGUCCUAAGCAUCACGGACGCAGGCUGUGGAGGGUCUCCAGUGCCCACUCGCCGGGCUUUGGAGAUGGCCCAGCACAGUCAGAGAUCCCGCAGUGUCAGCGGAGCCUCGACGGGCCUGUCCUCCAGCCCCCUGAGCAGCCCAAGGAGUCCAGUCUUCUCCUUCUCACCGGAGCCCGGAGCUGGGGACGAGGCUCGGGGCGGGGGCUCCCCGACUUCCAAGACGCAGACGCUGCCUUCUCGGGGCCCCAGGGGUGGGGGCACCGGGGAGCAGCCUCCGCCCCCCAGCGCGCGCUCCACGCCCCUGCCCGGGCCCCCAGGCUCGCCGCGCUCCUCCGGGGGGACCCCGUUGCACUCGCCGCUGCACACGCCCCGGGCCAGCCCGACGGGGACCCCGGGGACGACGCCGCCGCCCAGCCCUGGAGGCGGCGUCGGGGGCGCUGCCUGGAGGAGUCGCCUCAACUCCAUCCGCAACAGCUUCCUGGGCUCCCCGCGCUUCCACCGCCGCAAGAUGCAGGUUCCCACCGCAGAGGAGAUGUCCAGUUUGACACCAGAGUCCUCUCCAGAGCUGGCCAAACGCUCCUGGUUUGGGAAUUUCAUCUCCCUGGACAAAGAAGAACAAAUAUUUCUCGUGCUGAAGGACAAACCGCUGAGCAGCAUCAAAGCGGACAUUGUCCACGCCUUCCUGUCGAUUCCCAGCCUGAGUCACAGUGUGCUGUCCCAGACCAGCUUCAGGGCCGAAUACAAGGCCAGCGGCGGCCCCUCCGUCUUCCAGAAGCCUGUCCGCUUCCAGGUGGACAUCAGCUCCUCUGAGGGGCCCGAGCCCUCUCCACGGCGGGACGGGAGCAGCGGGGGUGGCAUCUACUCUGUCACCUUCACUCUCAUCUCCGGCCCUAGCCGGCGGUUCAAGCGCGUGGUGGAGACGAUCCAGGCUCAGCUGCUGAGCACGCACGACCAGCCCUCGGUGCAGGCCCUGGCAGACGAGAAGAACGGAGCUCAGAGCCGGCCUACAGGCACCCCACCUCGCAGCCUGCAGCCCCCACCUGGCCGCCCAGAUCCCGAGCUGACCAGCUGCCCCCGCCGAGGCCCCCCCAAGGACAAGAAGCUGCUGGCCACCAACGGGACCCCUUUGCCCUGACCCCAGGGGGCCAGGGAAGGAGGGGAGCCCCCACCCCCUUCCCUGCCCCCAACUGUGAAUCUGUAAAUAGGGCCCAAGGAAUAGGUGGGGCGGGGGGAGACACAAAAUCCCAGCCUUGCCCUGCAGGGCUAGGGCUCUGGGGGCGCCC